CGUUUCUGCCCAGUGACGCAGAGACGUCAGCAGUCGGUGGGCGGAAAAGCGGUAGUGUGUUUCUGUAAGUGCAGAUAAAGGCGAACCGGGUGUUUUUAUCUAGCCCUUUCAUACAGGGACAACGUACGACUUUAGUUCCGAGCCUGGUGAAAUGGCGGUUCCUGCGGGUCAGACGGACGUCCAGAUGGACCGCGGCGCCCUGAGCGGCCAGACGGUUUCCUCCGAAAACAACAUAGACAUCGACGAGAAAGAGUUGGAAAACAUCACAAAGAAACACCGAGAAGAAGACACGGCGACGCUGCCUCUGCACUCGCCUUGGACGUUUUGGCUGGACAGGUCACUGCCCGGCACCACAGCAGCAGAAUGUGAGUCCAACUUGAAGAAGAUCUACACAGUUCAAACUGUUCAGAUGUUCUGGAGUGUAUACAACAACAUCCCUCCAGUCACAGCCCUGCCUUUGAGAUGUAGCUAUCACUUAAUGCGGGGAGAGCGGAGGCCGCUGUGGGAAGAAGAGAGUAAUGCAAAAGGAGGCGUAUGGAAGAUGAAAAUACCAAAAGAAAACACUUCUGCAGUUUGGAAAGAAUUGUUACUCGCUACUAUUGGAGAGCAGUUUGCAGAUUACUGCGCCUCAGAUGAUGAGGUGGUUGGCGUCAGCGUUAGCGUCCGGGAUCGGGAAGAUGUUGUACAGGUGUGGAAUAGCGACGCAUCUCUCGCUAAUGAAGCAAAUAUCUUGGGGAAAGUUUAUGAGCUGCUCCCGUACAUAUCUUUUAAAGCUGUUUUUUAUAAGUCUCACAUGGAGCAUCAUGCCUUUGAGGGAGGACGCUCAAGACAUUAGAUUCUACUGCCCCCCCCCUUUUUUCUUCUUUUUUUUUUUUAACCUGAACUCUGUUCCUGCCUUGGCGUAAAGGCGCUGUCCACAACCUAAUCGAGGAUAUUGAUAACAUUUCCUUGUUGAGAGCAAAACAAUCUAUUUUUAUAACUUUUAAUGACUGAUGCCUUGUUUCAUUUAAAUGUGGGUCCUAACAGCUCGAAACUCUCGAGAGAAUGUUUAUCCAGCGUAAAUCUCACCCAGAGUUCAAUACUUCACGUCAGUUUUUUGCCUUUCCUGCUACACUGAACUGCACUGCCACCAUGGUCCCGUCAUGUGCACAGACUGUGGACCUCGCGAUUUUAUUCCUGGUAGAGGUAGCAACUACUUAACCUAGCUAGUUUCAGCUGUUGUGUAUGUUAGACGUAUGCAUUCAUGUCGUGUUUUAAUCAAGUCUGCUUUUUCGGUGCCAAAGCACUUUCCUACCAUUUAAGGAGCUUGUAUCUUAAUGGUGAAGGUGUCGUUUGUAUUCAGCUGGACAUUUGCCACUUGGAUGGAGGUGAAUGUCCCAGUUGAUUUCUUGAAUCUUCAUCAAGUGUACAUCAAACUUAAAUCAGGGUAACAUUUCAAAGAUAUUGCACAUAGCUGCCAGUUCCCAUCAUGAUGUUAUCCAGUUAUAAAGCUGUCAUAUAGCACAGAUAUGACAUUCAGAGCCUGUAUAUUUGGCUUGUGAUUUUUAGCUUUUUUUUUUUUUUUUUUUUUUUUUCUUUAACAGCGUUAUCCUUUAAGGUGCCUCUAACAAUGCUCCUCCCCACACCCUGUUGGACAUUUCUUUCAACAUUCGUGUUGAAAGACCCCAGCCCCGCCCCGCUCUCUUAAACGGAGUCAUAGAUUGUUUGGGGGAGAUACAUGGCACAUUUUUUUUGUGCUCGGCUCUUUGGUGUUUGUCUCUACUUGUUUCUCCUACCAAUAAAUCUAGUAGUUUGCUUACUUGGACUGUGUCCAUUAAAACACACACACACACACACACACACACACACACACACACACACACACACACACACACACACACACACACACACACAGAGGGAAAGGGGCUGGAUUAUUUGCUUAAAAGAAUGUUACUGAAGGUCCUGCUUUUCCCAGAUUUAGCAACGUUUGUAAAAGGAAAAAGUAUGAAUAAGUAAAAAACUGCAGAUGUGACAAGUUUCAGUUAUCACGACAUCGAUGAAAAAAAAUUACAUUUAUACUGUAGGUCAUAAUUCUGUCCCAGUCAUACAUUUUUAUUUGUAUUUUUUAUUUUUUUUGUCACAAACCUUUUCUGAGUCUCAUCAGUUUCCUUCACUAACCCUGUUCCCGUGCCGUGGUUUUAUUGCAGUGAAGGGCUUCAGUAACUGAAAUGCUUCUGGUAUGUCAGCACCACUUUUAUAGUUCAACUUUGGACGGGUUGAUGGAUACGAGAGGAGAAUUUGUCCUUUGUAAACAUAUUUUGCAGCGAUACGGGCAAAGUAAAUAAAAUGGAGCCAGAAAUGAAGUGCUUAUCACUGGCGUUUCAUUUUGCACAAUACAAACAUCAAUAACAGGCCCGUUAAAGGAAAUUAAUGUUAUUUCAUGGGGAAUGUCUCGGUGUAUUAAAAGCUUCUGCAUAUCCUCAGCCACUUUGUGCUAAUUCAUUCUGGCAGCGCAUUGAUUUUAGUCCUGACACACCUUGUAAUCGUAAGACCUGAUUUUAAAUACUCACUGAUGGUGAUUACAUGACUGAUAACCUCAGCUUUUCAGUCAUGAAUUUUUGGACCUUCCAUGAAGCAAGUUUGCUACUGAUAGCAUUAAUACUGGGAUUAAAUUAGAUGUGAAAGUUUCGUCUGAAGAGAACAACUUGCUGUUGCUGUUUGGAAAUAAGAUGCAGGCCUCAAAAUCACAAGAGGCUAAAGGAUGCAGAGGAUAUUCUCAUUACCACAUAUAAUCUGUAUAACAUACCUCGUGUAGCUUUCAGUAAACUUUCUCAGAGACCAGAAAGGCUCAACCCAUCUAAAAUGACCUCAUUCACAACACAAGUAGUUGCUGCAAAGUUCCUUGUAAGUUCACUGACCCCUCAGUCUAAAUACAUGUAUGAAAUGUUUUGGCAAUAAACACUGCAACAUUUCUCCUGUCUUUAGUGAGCACUGUACAAGAAGCUGGAGCGAGUGACUGUGAAAUUAGGACUUUGGGGCUCUGAACAUGUCUAAUACCCAAGAUAUGAUGUAAAUAUCCCUUGUGCAGCUCCUGGCCGUGCACAGAUCCAUUCCUAGAUUUAGUUAAGUUACAUGCUUUCUGUUUUCCUACUGAUCGUGCCUGUUAUGAGCAGCCAGUUGAAAUGGUUUAUACAGUUGUUUGUAGCUGGCCAUGGGCACAGUGUGGACAUAAAGGGGUGGACAUGGUCAGCAACAAUGCUCAGUUGGUACUAAGGUCCCUAAAGUGUGCCAAGAAGAUUUCCCCCCCCCCACACACACACACACACACCGUUACACCACCACCACAAACCUGAAUUAGUUAUACAAGGCAGGAUGGAUCCAUGCUCUCACGCCGUUUACAUCAAAUUGUAAACGUGCACAUGGCACAGCAGAAAUUGAGACUCAUCAGAUCAUGCAAUAUUUUUCCAGUCUGCUAUUGUCCAAUUUUGGUGAGCUUGUGUAAACUGUAGGCUCAGUUUCCUGACAGGACUGUUACAUCGUCUGCUCUUCGGCUGCUGCAGCCCAUCUGUUUUAGGGUACAAUGUUUUAUAUAAUCAGAGAUGCUUUUCUGCAUACCUUGGUCUAUAACAAAUUAUUUUGCCCUACUGUUGCCUUCGUAUCAAAAUACCCACAAACUGGAAAACCCCAGUCGAUCAGUAAUUCUCGGAUCAGCCCGUCUGGCACCAACAACCAUGCUUUGUUCAAAAUCACUCAACUCACCUUUCUUCUCGUUUUGGAUCUUGACCAUGCCAACAUGGUUAAAUGCAUUGAGUUGAUGCCAUGUGAUUGGCUCAUUAGACAUUUGCAUUAAAGAGUUAAACUAGUAUACCUAAGAAAGUGACUGGAGAGUGUAUAAUAAGUGUUGUUAUUUUCCUGCUAAAAUGUGAAUUACUGACAAGAAGACUGCUUGUUAGCAGUUCCUCUGGUAACAGUGACACCAAAUGUCUUUGUUAUCACACUGGCAUUAAAAGAGCUGAAAGGAA